AUGGAGGUCAAUGAAAGUUUGUUAGAGAAGAAAGAAGCAAAUGACGUUAUCCUUAUGAUUUCAGGCCCUGAAUGUCAAAGCAGAGGUUCUCCACCAAAACCAAACACUCAGCCAAUAGAGCUUGAAAAUUACCCAUCAAGUUCACAAAUUUCCAAUGUGACAAGCCCCUCUGCUCAAGAGCUCACUCAGUCAAUCCCGACUCCGAGUAAGCUUCCAAAUAUCCCAACCAAAAAGUCCAUCUCGCUGUCUUCAUUUGCGAAGCUGAAAUCAAGAUUCAUGGAACCGCCAUAUCCUAGUGACGCAAGUGCUAGUGCAACUAAGGACCAUGGGAAACCGGAGCUGAGAAUGCCUCCAAGUGGUUCAGCAGACACACCACCAGAUGCAGAGGAGGAAGAUGAUGAGGAGGUGUGCAAGACUGCGAAUCAGGAGUCCCAAAUGAUGUCGGGUAAAAAGAAGGUUGUUUUGGCUCAGUGGGUCGCGUUUGUGUGCAUCAUAGGGCUUCUAAUAGCGAGUUUAACCAUUCAUAGACUGCAAAAUACAAUUAUUUGGGAAGUGCAAUUGUGGAGAUGGUGUUUGCUGAUGUCGGCAAUCUUUUGCGGUAGUUUGGUGACAGACUGGUUGAUCAGCAUAUUGGUGUUCUUGAUUGAGAAAGACUAUCUGCUUAAAAGGAAUGUUUUGUACUUUCUCUAUGCAUUGAAGGAUGGUGCCGAAGUGUUUGCCUGGUUGAGUCUGGUCCUUUUAGCCUGGGUUUGGCUGAUAAACCAUGGAGUGAAGCGAUCGAGACACACGACCAAGAUUCUGAACUGGGUCACGAGGGCGCUCUUUUCUUGUCUUGUAGGAGCUGCCUUAUGGCUGAUCAAAACAUUUCUGAUAAAAUUGCUUGCUCCUUCUUUUCAAUGCAAGAGAUUCUUUGAUCGCAUUCAAGAGUACAUCUUUCGUCACCACGUUAUAAGGACCCUUUCCGGCCUGCGUCCAGCGGAAAGUGCCGACAAAUUGGGUAGCUCGAGGUUUAGCAUGAGGCUAAGUCUCAAGAAGUAUAUUAAAGGAGCUGCAAGGAAGUUUGAAGAGGUGAACAUAGAGAAGCUACGUAAGAUAAAGCCGGAUAAAAUUUCUGCUUGGACGAUGAGACGGUUGAUUAACAUUGUUAGCGGCUCGGAGCUGUCGACUCUUACCGGUUCCCUCGAUAACAUCGAGGAUAAUGAGGCAGAGCAACAAGAGAAGGACAUCACCGAUGAGCAGGAAGCCAAGACUGCUGCUUCUGCGAUAUUCAAGAAUGUAGCCAAGUUAGAGAGCAAGUGA